CAGUAGGUUCAAAAUCGCAUUUCUCCCUAUCAUUCAUAUGUCAUGUUUUAGUUGUGUGUCAAUCACAGAUACCCCCCUCUGUUCAAACCUUCUAUGGACUGAUCUUUGGUAAUCUGAGCCCCAUUGGCUGAAAUUGCUAACCCCGCCCACCUACGCAGCAGAGGCAUGUACGUGCUGCAGAAGCGCAGAGAGCAGGAGGCUAGAGGCCAGCGUGUCUGCCGAGCUGAGUUUCUAGCUUGGAAAUAAACUGGAGGAAGUGGACAACACGACAACCUGGUUGACUAAAAACCUGUAUGCGAGUGAGAGAGACGGAACCGACCUCUCGGUGGUUUCGAGCAGUGUGAGCGUCUUGGCUAGGUUUUUUAGACAUCGUGAAACUUGGACUGGAUCCGAUGGAUUUCUCCCUGACGAGGGGGAUGGCGAGCCACCCAUUGAGAUUCUGGAACUGAGCGGCCCAACCCUUGGCCUACAAAGAACGGGUUGUUCUUUCACACUAUCAGCUCUCAACUGUGCGGUAGGACAAUUGCCGUGCUACUGCCCUAAGACAUUGCCUCCUGGCACGGAGCAAGUGACUUGACUGACUUACCCUACUGACUUAACUAAUUAUUGCCGGCCGAACUGAACUGAACUAAAUUGAACUCAAAGAGUCAAGAACAAUCUAUUAUUGGGUUAUUACAGUGUUGUACAUAUUUUUCUAUUGUGUUUUUUCAUUGUUAUUAAUACAGUUGUUGUGUUCACUAUCCGUGACUCCAUUCAUUCUGUGCAUGUCACUCACUGCCCUAACCCUCCUAGGAGCCUAGAACCUGGUCCAGCAAGUAGGUUAAUUAUUCAGAGCCUAUCCAUUUAUAUAUUUUCCUGUACGUGUUACAGACUUGGCGAGCCAGCCAGGAGGGUUAAUUGUGGCUUUUCUAAAGUUUUACAUCCAACCGUUGAGUGACUUAAGCCAGAGUGACUGGAGCUUCACAGCUACUUGGCUAUCCACAUUGCUGAACAGAAAGGUAUCUUAACAAUGGAAGUUGUGAAAACUCAGAAUGUUAAAGUUCAAAAUUCUGUUUUAGUCAGUGGUCUAUCUAACAGUGAAAUUGACAAUGAAGUUUUUGACUUCCUGAAACAGUUUGGUCCUGUCAAUAGGCUAGUUGAAGUUCACACUACAGGUACAGUAAAGGUCAUUGUAGAGUUUCAGCAUGAAGCUACUGCUAAAGAACUGGAAAAAAGCUAUUUACCUCUUGACAGACCAUGCACUGCAAAACCAGAGGUUAUUCACCACAUUCAAAGCCUAGCCAGCGCUUAUAGCAUUGAGUCUGGUGCUUCUGCAACAGCAACUUACCUGUCAGAGUUAAAAGAUAUGGCGUUGCGAAGCAACCGUUCAUUUGAAAGCAUUUUGAGGGAGGAACUGGCCAAGAUUGGGGAGUCGUUGGGAGGAACGAUCCAUGCUGACACUGUUGGCCACUCAGUCGAAGAGCCAUUGCCUUCUACUGAAACACCCCCAGCCUCAUCUCCUGUGUCACCAACUAGUGAACAUGCCAGUGUUGUUCAUAAUGACCCUCACCCAAUCACAGAAACUGUUGAAUCACAGGUACCUGCCAGUUUAUUAAGCACUCCUGAGGUACAACGUGUCAUUGUUGAACACAUUGUUAAAAGCAGUGACAUAGCUUCAACCCCGAACUUACCUUGCAAGUUGAAACCCUUUUCGGGAAGAGUUCCACAUCCUACUUUUGAAACCGAUUAUGACACCUGGCGUAGGAGUGUAGAAUUCUGCUUGACUGAUCCCUUACUUUCAGAAACCCAGAUCGUGAGGAAAAUUGCUGAAAGCUUGGCUCCUCCUGCAGCCAACAUUGUGAAAUCUCUCGGGCCUAAAGCAAGCCCAAACACUUACCUUGAACUUCUUGACUCUGCUUAUGCUGCUGUGGAAGAUGGUGAUGAACUCUUUGCUCGUUUCUUGAACACCAACCAGAAUGUUGGUGAAAAACCCUCAGACUUCCUGCAGAGAUUACACACCGCCUUAAACUUAGUCGUAAGCAGAAAUGGAAUUGCCCCGGGUGAUGCAAACAAACAACUUCUGAGGCAAUUUUGCCGAGGCUGUUGGGACAGUCCGCUGAUCGCCAGCCUCCAGCUUGAACAAAGGAAGAAUGACCCACCUCAAUUUGCUGAGCUACUUCUCCUACUGCGGACAGAAGAAGAUAAACAGGCAAGUAAAAUCACCCGCAUGAAACAGCAUCUGGGGAUGCAAAAACCACGAGUUUUCUCCAAUAUGCAGUCCACGUGCUCAUCAGGUAGGAACGGCCUAGAGCCUGCAAUUAAUGACACCUCUGCUGAUCUUCAAAAGCAAAUUACAGACCUCCAGACUCAAAUAGCACAACUCAAAGCUGAAAAAACAGGGCAAAAGUCCAAGAGGCACCCUAAGGGGACAAAGCAUAAAAACAAAAGCCAAGUUGAAUCGAGAGAGACACAACAGAUAAAUGUAUCGAUGCCCAAGCCUAAACCCGGGUAUUGCUUCAGAUGUGGGGAGGACGGCCAUAUUGCUUCCAGCUGCAGCAAUGGCCACAACCCAGCACUAGUAGCUAUAAAAAGAAAUGCCUUCAAACAAAAGCAGCGAGAGUGGGAACACCACCACAAAGUCAGUGAACACCCUGAUUUAAACUAGGAAAAGCUUCUGUUGUGGGACAAACAGGAGCUA